GUGUUGUUCCCUCCUUCAAAAGCAUCCGACCACAGACAAAUAUUUUCACCUACUUAGUCGAAGAUGAAGGAAUAAACCUUAUCUCUGAUGAUCAUUUUAGGAGAAGUAGCGCAUAAGUAAACAAGCCUCAUGAAGAUGUCGUCGUUUUUCUAAAAAAGCAUGUAAACCUAUCGCACUACACGUAAGCCUGAGCAUAAUGUACGAAAAUAUGAGGCCUAUUCGUACUGUGAAGACGAGAGCGUCCUAACUCCACACGUAGUUGCGCCUAGCUUCUAUUUAUUGGUCCAAAGAGAUUUUCAUGCCAAUCCUUCUGCGACAUCAGUGUCUUUGGUUUAAUCCUUGGGCUUCUGUGUCAAUGCUUGUAAGGAACAAUUUGUGAUUCUCAUAUCUUAUGGUAAAUGUUGGUGCGCUGCUCCUCAUGCUUGAUGUAGAUAUGACGUUAGAAAGGACCUCAAGUAUUCAUACCUAAGUAAUGUAUAAAAGUAGAUGUUCUCUGGUAGUGGUUUGCUCUUUUCGGUGUCAUCUCUGUCAACACACCUGACGAGAAAAGAAUCCUCUUGAUUCUUUCGAGAGUAGUCGUUCGUUUUUGCAACUUUCGUGCUCGAUGAAAAGCUGAUUUUCUUGUUGACCAAUCUUCGUUCCAGUGUUGGUGAGUCGAGUCUUCUAACGUCUAUUGCUCAUCUGAGUUCUCGAUUGUUAGAAAUCAGACGUUUUUUUUUCAGGAAAAAAAAUGGCUGAUAGGUCUGUGCUCUCGUCUCCGUCGUCCACGCAACCGCCACGGAGCCACGCAGGGGCAAAAGGUACAUCUACAAUCACAGAAGACACGCUCUAAAGUGUGAAUAUGAAAAUUCACUCAUGGUUUCGCGGUCGUGGCGUAUCUGCCUUUUUGUUACUUUGGCUUGGUUGGGAAUCGUCUUUUUUCCGAGGUGUAUUUUCGUUAGUUCUUUUAAGGACAAAAAGCAUCAUCAUCUUUUAAAACGGGUCAUUUACUUUUGAGAAGCCGUAGUUCGUUGUGGCCUACUUCCUUGAUAAUCAACAUCUACUAUGCUUUCUUGGAUUUGAUUUUCAACAUUUAUCCUCGUUCAUGUCCAUGUUCUUUCUCACAACAGCGUCCAGCGGUUUCGCAGGUUCGUGUGGUCUUGCGGUCGAGCACGAGCAAAGGCAAACAACGACAAUGGCUAAUCUGGCUACGCCAAGUAGAAACAUGUCGAGUUCUAUGGAAGAUGCUUUUUCGUCAAGUAUGAAAAGCAGUAGAGGCGGUCACCAGGUGAGUACCCAACAUCUUGUUGUACCACCUCCAACGGCGAGCGCUUCGCCAACAUCUUAUGUGGUCAGCGGCAAGAGUACCUCACCUGGUAGUAGUACGCCGAGCAAAAUGCUAUCAAGCAUACCUCAUACCGGUUACAAAAUGCUCCUAACUCCUGGAACAACGGGCGCAGGCUCAGCUGCGGCGUCAUCAGGUGCGGCAACAACAUGCUCGCCAUUGGUGCUCGACGAUGUUGCGCGCAUGCGCAGUGCACUCAAGCAAGCGGUAGAGCAUGGCGUGUUGUGUCCGGAAACGCUGGAGCCUAGGGCAGUGGCGGGCGGAGGCGACACGGCAUUUGACUUGAGGAAACAUGGCAUUUUUCAACUGCCAAGGGCACUGAAGAAUCCUGUAUUUUUGGCCGAAGGCGGUUUCGGGACGGUUGCGAAGUGCACUGUGGUUCGCCCGCAGGACUUGUGCGGCGGCUAUCGCGGAGACGUGGCAGUGAAGCGCGUUAAAAUACCGCGAGCGCCCGAGGACUGGGAAGACACCCUCAGGUUGCUUAGAGAGGUACCCACGAUUCAUAGCUCCUACUCACGUGCUGAUUAAUAUACUUCCCCUUGCUAACGCGAACGUAGAAAUGUCUCUCGAAACUACUUCUCCUACGUGGCAAAUUGAAGUGCACCUUUCACAUUUCUGCAACUUUCUCAGGUUCAUUUUCUGAAGCAUCUACCGCAUACAAAUGUUUCUCCGUUGCUUAAGCUAUACUCGGACGGGACGACAGUGGAUUCCCUCACGCACAUUUACCUCGUGAUGCCUUGCUACACGCCUGGAAGCCUUGAUGAGUAUUUCUUGGCUCCUUUCAUCCUUGCAGUCAUCUUUAGAAGAGAUUUGAGAUUAUUCGACAUCGUGGUGUCUCGUGCAUGGCUAUGUACUGGCCAACAUGGUGGUAUCUAGAUGAAUGAGGCCCUUUUUCCUUUCUACAAGCUGAAACUUCGGUUUUUUCACCUUUCCCUCAAACCGAAGGUUUGCUAUCAACGACAUUGCCGUCGUGCGGCGAAUCUGUUGCGGUCUGCUGCAGGCGCUGCGGUGGAUGCACCGCCACAAGGUGUUGCACCGAGACGUGAAAAGAGAGAAUAUUUUUUUCGACAACGUACGACAACAGGCUGUAUUGGCCGACUUCGGAAUGGCUCGAAGCAUGGUGAACCGAAUGACAACCAAGCGCGGAGUCGGGACGCGCUGUUACCUCGCGCCCGAGCAACUGGCAGGUGUCGAAGACUACGGAGUUGGAGUCGACAUUUUCGGCUUCGGAUGUGCGAUGUUCGAACUUAUUGCUCUUUCGCAUGAGCAAUGUCUCAUCCCUAUGUCCAUUGCCGGCACUCUCGAACACCGGGUACUCUCUACUAUUAACUUGAAUUUUGAGAAAAUCCAGUUCAAUGAUUCUGCCUAUGAGAUGAUUUCAACUGGUCUAUUGAGCCGGUAUAUGAAGAGACGCAGAUCUUCGAAGUCUCAUUCUUAUAAAGAUGCAUUAUAUGCAUUGUGGAGUAGUACUAGUAGUAUUUAUCUUGACGUGCAAUACAACGCUGCAACAGGCACGACUCUACGGUUUAGCGGGGCAUGAAUCUCAACCUGCGGAGCCGGAUGUUGUUGAGAAAUCGAAAAAAGCGCCUACAAAAAAAUGGUGCGAAAAUAGGUGGCGGGCUCUCAAAUGCCGAGCGGGAGCCCAUGAGAAGUCCGUAAGCGAGAUCGUACUAAGGUGCCUCGCUUACGCCCCCUCAUUUCGCUGGACUGCGGACGAGGCACUGAAGCAUCGCUGGUACACGCCUAGAUCAUAUCAGACGCAAAUGUAUACAUAGAGUCUAUACCUCAUCCAAAUCUAUGCCAUAGACACUUAUCUUUGUUCUUCAUCAUCUUCAGCAAUGUUUUUGUAAAUGAAAAGAGAUUCUUCAAAUCAGUGUUGAGAUGGGUCUUCAUUUGCCUUGGUAGUAAAGUACAUCUUAAUCUCUGGCUGGCUGUGGCUCUUGACCGUCAGGCGCUCUCUGAAGAUCUUGUAUAGGUCGUUUCCUGCACUCUCUCGGAUUGGUGCUCAUCGCUACUGUCGGCAAUUUCAUGAGAACCUGCUUAUAAUAUAAGUUGUUGAGAUUUAUUUGCUGGAUUAUUCACUGGUGGUUCCAUAGUCAAAAUUACAAGGUUCACCGGUGAGCCCAUCGAAGAGGAGACGGCUUUCCAGGUAACCGCUUUUGAGGCAUUCGAGGACGGUUUGUGGAAGCUACCGGACGAAGCGAAGCGUAUGAAACAAAUACGACAAUGGAUUUUGGAUAUCGUCGCGGAUCGCACAAUUCCUUUGCCCCGUGGAGUUCGCAAUCCAUUGCAACAGGCAGGUCUUCAACAAGAAGGCACGAGUGCUGCUGCUGGAGGUAGUAGUCGUGGUUGCGCGCCUUCACCAUCUCGUAAUGUGGUCGGUUUAUCAGGAUCGGAUAAGGUGAAUCUACCAAGGAUAGCCGGUGGAGCAGCAGCACGCCUAGAAAAACAUGAUGAUGGUAAGAAGACGAAGAAUUUGACGAGUUUUAUUGACUUCUCGUCUUUACUACCGAGUAGUGAAGACGACAGUCAGCAGAGCGUGUCUACAACGGCCUCAGUGAGCCUGAGCAUGACCAGUACGCCCGAUUUCACGCACUCGGGGACCGGCCCCGCUUCGAGCGAGCCCGCAGUCGAAAUCAAAUUCCCUCACAACAGUUGGUCCCAUUCUGCAACAUCAAGUACUAGUGCUGCCGCACCGGCAUCAAAAACAAGUGGAGCGGCCGCCUCGUCGCCAAUAUUUUCAGUGGAGCAAGCACAUGCUCGGUACAACAGUCAUCUCAAGUUCAACAUGAAAAAUAGUAAGAAUUCGCUCGUUACACUAACAUCCUUCGACUCGGCAGGGGACGAUAGCAGUCAUUCAGCAACAAACGAAUUUACCUUACCGUCAGCACCGGAGGCACCUGUCUCGGAAGAACCUGCAAAGAAACGCCGUGUUGGAUAGAAGACUUCCCUACACUUAACUAGAAUUAAUAAUUCCUUGAAGAAAUAGAAAUAGUUAGAACUACAGCUUUGAUGGGCGGCAAGAUAAAGAUAAAAUGCAUCUUAAUUUAGUAGAUAUUUAUAGCCUUGACAAUGAUGAUCGAGUCGUUCGAAAUUUGAAGAAUUCCUCGUCAAGAAUCAAUGUCAAUAAUCCAGUUUUUCGUUUGACUUCAUUCAGGUGAUAGAUAUUGUCAACAGCGUCAUUGUUGGUUUGAUUGUGUUGCAGUUGUUACGUUGUUGAUCUUCUUCUUGAUUAUCCCUAUACCUUGAAAUCGUUAGUCACACCCACGGCUGGACGGCCGUGGUCGCAGAGCUGACGUCAAAAAACGGUAGAUCGUUUAUUUUCUUAACUGAUGCCAUUUUCCUGAAUUCUGAUAUUUUAUUAUUUAUUUCACAGUAGCAAUCUUCAAUGAAUAUGAAAAUGAUCCGUCAGCAUCGCAUCUUUACGCUCCCUACGCACAGGCCACGUACGACGCUUUAUGCACGCAUCAUUAUUUCGUGCACUAUGAAUAUCGUCUAUCUACUCGACCUCUUCUACUCGACCUCCACGAUCUUCACGUCCCAUCUUCUAUCUAGACCCUUCCUUUUUUCCUUACAUGAUACCGACCCCGGCAUAGUACAUGACCUGUUCGUCCUGGAUUCCUGAACCAUCAUGAACGCCGAAUAUCAUGCCGAGCAGGUUCCUGAUUAAUUUGCAUGAUUUGAAGUCACGGGACGAAACUUGCAGGAAAAGUAUUAGAAAAAGGCUUUUCUCCGCCGAAUACUACGUACUUCUAGUACACAGGGUGGAUUAGUUCACGUUGAACGGCAAAAGACUAAUUCUGUUCAUGUUACACGUACUUUACCACAUGCAUUUAUUAUAUGGAGGGUUCUUUGUCCUAGAAAAGACAUUUUUCUCCACGUCCAAUCAUGACCUUCCCGCACUGCAACAUCCCAGAUUUAAGUAGAUAAAUUUGCAGAUGAAUUGGAUCGUUCGCUCUGGACGCCGUAACGAGAAUCUAUUCCCUAACUCGCCGACCUAUGUAUAUUAUUUAAUAAUUUUUGUCACCGCUCCUGUAUGAGAACGAAACUUCAGAGCUAUUUAUCAUUUUUUGUUAAGAUUGAUGAGAAGUAAAGAGCAGGCAUUCGUCAUUAAUUGCUAUGCCUGCGCGCCUAUGUUGGAUGGUAUUAUUUGUAUGAGAUUAUAUUUUUGCAAUUUGGGGAGGGGGGACCAUAAAUGGGCGGGGUAGAACUUCGGUAUGCGCAACAGCGUGUGAGCUGUAAUCGUCGAUAGCAAACUUAUUGAUAUUUCUAUGUGCGUAGUCAUCUUCGUUGGUCAAAUAAAUAUACUUGCAGGCAGCCAGCUGCAAUAGGCAGUAGUCGUUUUUCUCAGCGCUAUACAGGAAUUACCGCAAUAUCUACAGCACUUAUCAGUGUGAUUAUGAUGCUUACCGACAAGGAUCAUGGUCAAAAUCAAAGUUCUUAAUGCAACGGAUAACAGAACAAAUGCAAAAUGUGGUGCGUCGUGAAGACGCAGGCAGGACAAACAAUAGUCGCGAAUAGGCGGACAACAAAGAUUGGGUCAGACACGAUAGAAG